AUGGUGGAGCCGCCGGCUGAGCCGCCCCCGCAGCCCUGCCCGGCGCCCGGGGGCAGCGGCGGCAGCAGCGGGGGAGAGCCGGCCCGGCCCGGGGAGCAGUCGCCGCUGCUGCACCUGGACCUGUACAACUUCGACUGCGCGGCGGCGGAGGGCAGCCGGUACGUGCUGACCAGCCCGCGGUCGCUGGAGGCCUGCGCCCGCUGCGCCGUGCGGCCGGUGGAGCUGCUGCCGCGGGCGCUGGGGGAGCUGCUGCGGGAGGCCCCCGGGCGCUCCAUGCGGGUGGCCGCCGGCCUCUACGAGGCCUACGAGCGGGAGCGCCGCCGCAAGCUGCAGCAGUGCCGGGAGGAGCGGGAGAGGAUUAUCCGGGAGGAGAAGAGGCGGAUCCUCGCGCCCCUCGGCAGCCUGCCGCCCUCGCCCGCCGCCCGCGCCGCCCCCCGGGCUGCCGCCACCGCCGCCGGCGGGCCCCGGCCGCAUGGCGGGGGGACGGCCGGGGCGUCGGGGGGUGCCAAGGCCAAGAGCCACUCCCUGGACUCGCUGCAGAAGCGCCGUGAGGGCAGCUGGGGCAAGACCUCCUCCGAGUCGGGGGCCUCGUCCUCCUACAGCGGGGAGAGCCUGCGGGAGCGCGGGGGCAAGGGGGGCGGCCGGGGCCGGGGGGGAGCUGCCGCCGCCGUCGCCGUCAGCGGCUCCCUGCUGGGGCGCAGCUUCAGCCUGGGCGACCUCAGCCACUCGCCGCAGACUGCCCAGAGGGUGGAGAGGAUCGUCAGGGAGGUGAAGAGGAGGAAGGGCCUCUCGGAGGUGCCCGAGAGGGACAAGAAGAUCGCGGCGCUGAUGAUCGCCAAGCACCAGGAGGCCAGCCUCCUGCGGGAGCAGCGGCAGGCGGCCCACCUGCAGUGGGACAGCCAGCGGCGCCUGGCGGAGCAGCGGAAGGAGCAGGAGGAGAAGGAGAAGCAGAGGGCCCUCCUGCAGGGCCAGCGCAUGUGGGAGAGCCAGGUGGAGAAGCGUCGGGGGAGGCUGAGCCAGGAGCAGGAGGAAGCCGCCCUGCUGAAGCAGAGGCAGCGCCUGGUGUGCGAGGAGAGGUGGCGGGAGCAAGCGGAGAAGCAGGAGCGGCUGCGGAGGGAGAGGCUGGAGAGGGCCGUCCAGGAGGACAAGCAGAAGAAGCUCCAUCAAGAGCACAACCUGAAGGCGAAGGAGGAGGGCAAGAAGGAGCACCGGGAGCGAGAGGAGCAGCUCCUGCAAGAGAAGCUGUCCACGGCCGCGCAGAAGAGGCUGAAGAAGGAGGUGCAGCUGCAGAAGGAAAAGAAGCUGCUCAACCAAGCAGAGAAGAUGAAGCAUGAGGCCUUGCUCAAGGAACUGGCAAAGCAAGAGGCAGAAGAAAAGGAAAUGCUGAAGGCCUCCCUGGAGAUGAGUUUGACAAAGGCUCAGGAGAACUAUGAGCAACUAGUGGAGAAGAGGAACCAGGAGCUGAGGGAGAAGGCCAGGCGGGAGGACAUGCAGAUCCAGAGAGCCAAACUGGCAGCAGAGAAGAAGGAAAGAGAGCAGAAGGAGCACUUGGAGGCUCUGGCUAGAGAGACAGAGAGAAAGCUCCAGCAUGCUGCCCAGGUGGCUGAAGAGGUCGUCCAAGAAAAAGCCCGCAAGGUGGUCUUGAGCCGUCUGGAGAAGGAGAAAGUGCAGAAGAUGAACAAGCAAAAGGUGGAACAGUACGAGGACUUACGGCGCAGGGAGAUCCUCCUCUCUAUAGAGAGGAAGCUGGAGAGGAGUGAGCAGAUCUUCAAGGAGAAGAAGACUGUCUUAGAAAAUGCCAGGUCUGUUGCUCGGGCGUCUUUCCAUGUCCGGGAAAAGGUACGGGAGGAGACGAACAUGCGCACCUUUGACAAGAUGGCCUUGGAAGCAGAACUGCAUGCCCACCUGAAUAAGAAAUGAAAGAUCUUGUCAUGGAUGAGUGGGGAUACAUCACCGGUUGUCCAUCAUAAUGCAUUAGAAAGCUCCUCUGCAUUAACAUUUAAAAAAACCCAAGAACCAACAACCACCCUAAUUUCUUAUUUUGGGGGAGCAGGAUACCGCACAAAAACGUGGCAGCUAUUCCACAUACUGUUUAAAAUACAGGUUUGUUCUAGGUGUGUUUUAAGGACUGACCUCAGUCAUCUUUACAGAGGGGAAGCGAGUUUUUGUGUCCUCCACCCCACAAGCACACACAUUUUCUCAGAGAGGGCUGCAGAAGAAGUCUGCUUGAAGCCUCUGAGUUACCGAUUGAUUGUCUACACCGGAGCUGACUACAGCUGCACUCUCUUCAAUUGGAAAUGCAGACAACAGAGACUGCUGACUCCUAGAGCCUACUGACU